AUGAGACAAAGCGGGAGAGCACUGAGACAAUUCACUUUGAGUAAAGGGAAGUCCGCUGGGAGGAAUUCCUCUGGGCGAAUGACGGUUUUUCACCGAGGGGGUGGAUCGAAGCGAUUGCUGCGAAGAAUUGAUCUGAAACGAAGCACUUCGUCUAUGGGCAUUGUAGAAAGGAUCGAAUAUGACCCUAAUCGCUCUUCUCGGAUCGCUCUAGUACGAUGGAUCGAGGGGGUGCUGCUACGCCGAAAGAGGAGAUGCAACACGAUAGAAGAGAAAGCUCCGCCGCGUCAGAUCCUCGAACUGACCACGGCCACCAUCUGCGGCCUUUUUUCGUUCUCUUCCCUGCCCGGGAAAGUGGAUCAAAGAAAGGUAGCUUGCUUCUAUCCUGAACGGAUGGAGGCUGAUGGUUUGGUCGGCCUUCCACCCAUCAUGCCUCCUUGGUCGAAGAGCCAAGUCAGCGCUGGAAGCAAAAAAAGGAAGGACGUUUUCUUCUCUGCCCUCUCCUCUCCAAAGGCCAAGGGAGAGACUGCAACUUCCCUUUCCUUCGGUAGCUCUUUUGGUUUCCCAAGGAUAGCGGUAGCUGGGGCAAAGCCCGCUUUCUUCGCUCCGCGAAUGAGAGAGAUCUUGAGAGGAAAAAACACGUUCUCUCUUUUCGAGGUCCGAAAGUGGAGAACGCAUAGCGUUCUCUGGGCGCAUAGGAUCAAACGUAAAGCAGCGCUUUCUUGGCAGAGUUCUCGGCGGCAAGACACUUUAGGGCUUGUUGGAGCUGCUGAGCAUAACGAAUCGAAGCCGAAGGCGGAUCAAGGUAGCUUGCUCCCAAGCAAAGUGCUUGCUUACGCUUUAUGUAGUGGUCGGCCUUCCUACCAUCAUGCCUCUAGAAGCUUCUACAAAGCUUUGCUUACGGUAGAAGCUAGUCACUUCGGUAGCUUGCCUGCCAAACCGAUAGGCGAAGGGCCGAAGGAUGGAGCGUGCAAAGUCGAUCGUGUACCUGUCACUUAUAUAUUAGCCAGUCAUCAAUUGGAAGCGGGCAAGAUGGUUAUGAAUUUAGAUUGGUCCAAACCUUCGACCAGUGGCUUCUUGCGACCCGCCCAUCAUGCCCAUCAAACCCUGAGGUUCCAAGACCUUGUUCGCACUGCGAAUCAGGGCCGAGUUGAAGGGGGCAGUCAGCAGGCUGCUUCUGGGCCACGCCCCCUGCUUAUGAGAUACGAUAUACUUGAUCUUCAUUAUCAAGUAGGAAAUUGCAUACCAUUAGCCGAUAUAUGUAUAGGAACAUGGGUACAUGAUAUUGAAUGUCAUCCAGGUCAAGGCGCAAAGCUGGCUCGAGCUGCAGGAACUUUUGCUAAAAUCAUGAAGGAACCAGCACCACAAUGUCUUGUGCGGCUACCUUCGGGUGUUGAAAAACUCAUGGAUUCCCGAUGCCGAGCUACUAUUGGUAUAGUUUCCAAUCCCAACCAUGGUGCACGUAAGCUUAGAAAAGCAGGACAAAGCCGGUGGUUAGGCAGACGCCCAAUUGUUCGUGGUGUUGCAAUGAAUCCAGUGGAUCAUCCUCAUGGAGGAGGUGAGGGGCGCACGAAAGGAGGUAGACCUUCGGUGUCACCUUGGGGGAAGCCCACCAAAGCAGGAUUUCGGACCGUAGUGGGGAAACGCAGAAAUUAG